AUGGCGGCCGAGAUCGCCAAAGACCCCAAGGACCUGGCCAAGGAGGACAAGGAUGCGCUUGACGCUCUCGCCUCCGAGGCCAAGGAGUUCGAGAAGGACGCCGAGAUCGACCGCAUCCUCAAGGCCUUCCGCCUCGACGCCUACGCCGUGCUGGACCUGAACCCGGGCGUGCCCGAGUCGGACAUCAAGCUGACGUACCGCAAGAAGUCGCUGCUGAUCCACCCGGACAAGACCAAGAACCCGCAGGCGCCCGACGCCUUCGACCGCCUCAAGAAGGCCCAGACGGAGCUGAUGGACGAGAAGCACCGCGAGCGGCUCGACGAGGCCAUCGCCGACGCCCGCAUGCUGCUGAUCCGCGAGCGCAAGUGGACCGUCGACAGCCCCGAGCUGCGCACCGCCGCCUUCGCCGCCGACUGGCGCGUCAAGACCCGCGAGGUCCUCGUCGACAACGAGCACCGCCGCCGCCGCCAGCUCAAGGCCCAGAUGCAGGAGGAGGGCCGCGAGCAGCGCCGCCAGGACGACGAGCUCGAGGAGCGCAAGCGCAAGCGCCAGCACGACCAGGACUGGGAGGCCACCCGCGACCAGCGCAUCGACAGCUGGAGGCAGUUCUCCAAGGGCGGCAAGGCCGGCGAGUCGUCGGGCAAGAAAAAGAAGAAGCUCAAGCCCAUCGGUUGA